AUGAGCAAUCCGACCACCAGGCAAGGCCCAAAAACCUUCGCAACAUUGAUUCACGACCCCGUCCUUCUUGAUUGGGCCAAACACCGUGACCUCUUUCUUGAUGAGCUCCUCUGCUUGGAUGGCUGGUGUGGCGCAGACUGCACAAGAUGUGCAACUCGCCCAUGCAACUCUGCUCGAUUAACUGAAUUUCACUGUGAAGAUUGCAUGGGGGGGUCCGUCCAGUGGAACAGGCGGUUUUUUGAGGCUACGACCCUUCAAAGCAUUAGUCUAGUCAUCCAACUUGGCCACCUCUAUGGAGAGGUUUGCCUUGUUCCCACAUUAGCACCGCGCAGCUUCACGGUGAUUGAUACGAACGGUUUCCAUUCAGUCACUGUUCAAUUCUGCGAGUUCGAUCAUCAAGAGCAAGCAGGUACUCGGCUCCAACAACUGCUCCGCUACGAGCUAUACUCUGCAACCUUUGAUGACCCCUCUACGUGCUGCACGUUCCAUCUAAUGGAGACCUUCCACCUCCUCACCUUACAAAGCAAGGUCACAGUUUACGACUUUUAUCUCUUCUUGCAGAAGACAACAAACUGCUUUGGGCUCCAAAAGCCUUUUCUAGUCAAGUCUGCAGGCCGUGGCCAUGAGUCUGGCGGAGUCUUAGCAACAAAACUGGGUGAACUCUGUCUGCAAUGUCCGGCGUGUCCACAGCCUGAUGUGAACCUCCCGCCAAACUGGGAGUGUAUAUCUGACAACCUCAAGCUGAAGUGCCGCGCAAUCUCCAAUGAGGCUUGUGAUCCUUCGAUGUUGUCAGGCUGGGGUUAUUGCAUCGAGGGCAGUGCAUACCGAGAGCAUCUUAAGAAUCGACACUAUAGGGGCUAUGCAACUACCGGCAUUGCGAUGGCGAUCGAUGUGCAACAUGGCUUUAUCUUGCCGAACGGAGUUGGGGACCUCCAAAAGAGUGAGAGAUACUGCAACAUGGACUUUAUAUCCAUGUCAGCCCUCAGCCUUCAGCCACAACCAACCACAAAGAAGGGGGUCGUUCUUUCCUACGACAUUAUGUGUCAAUACUUGAUCUGGCUUCACGAGUGUAUCAAAAAUCUGCUAGCGCACAUUCAAAUCGAACUGCCCAUUGGUGGUGAAGUACAGUAUGUGAUCUCUAAGUACCAUCUGAACACCCACAAGAAGCAAGAUCAUAACAAGUACUCACUCAACUUCAUGAAGGGCUGUGGUCAGACGGAUGGCAAAGAAGUGGAGCGUGGGUGGUCGUGUUUUGACGGUACCACUGCAAGUACGUGGGAGAUGGGUCCAGGAUUGAGAGAAGAAAUGCUCGAAGACCAUCUACACUGGAACAAUGAGGAGAAGUAUAUUGACUUAGGUGCGGGCCCUUCACUGUGCCCAAACCUACAUAAGCGCAAACAUACAGCGGUUGCCAGCUUUUCGAGAUUCAACCGUGCACAUCAAGAGUUUGUUCAGGAGCUCCAGCCGUCACACGUUGCCAAGUGGGACACCCAGAUUCUCAUGUACAAAGCUGAUUCUACCCUUCCAGAUCCAUACUACUGCACGCUGUCUGGUAUGAGCAAGGCAGAGAUCUGGCUCAAGCUUGCCCAAGAAGAGGAGAACACAGCUAACAAUGGACAUGUCAUGCUGCAUGAGAUUACACCAGCGACAAUAAUAGCAAAUCUUAUGGACCUAGAGGAACAACAACGCAAGUUCCGGAAGAAGUACCCGUUGAACAUGAGCGGCACUCCACUGCAGACUGCAGAAGCAAUUGCCAAGCAUGCGGCACUUCGGCACCACCUGAACACUGCACGCACUGUGCAGAUGGUUUACAUGCCGCGCGUCUCCAUGAGACUUGCCAAAUAUUGCCAGUGGCUCGCAUCAUCCGGUAACACUUUGCGAAGGUUGCCUCCAGCUGAGCUCAACAAACUCAACAUCCCGGAACUGCAGCCACUGUUUCUACCAAGCGAGCUAGACGAACGGGAACUCCAUGGCCUCAACAAACUACAACAGAACGAGAUUAAGAUCACGGCCUUCAAAGACAAGUAUCGAUCAGCACGCCAGGCAAAGCUCGCUAUUGUUGGCCCUGGCCCUUGGGAGCAGCGUUGGAAGGUGCUUCAAGACCAAGAUGUUGUGACGUUACACGGAGACGACGAGAUUGUUGGAGUUGGGACAUCAGAGGGCAAGCAAGAGCUGUCAUGGAUAUGGAAGGGCACGAAUGGAGAGGGAGACCCCUCCGCGUGGAAUAUUUCAAGUCAAGGGCCAGAAGGUGCAGGCGUGUAUGCUGCCAAGCGCGCCACAGUCGAGCGAGGACUAUGUGCAUGGUUUAAUAGCAUCUGGGCACGCGUGCCAGAUCUUGCUCUGACGAUAACCAAUGGAGAUGAAGAUAGAGAGAUGGUUGUUAGUGGUGGCGAUGGAGACGGUUUUGAGGUGCAUUUCACUCUCACCGUGGAUGCCGACUCUGAUGAUGAUGGCCUCUGUGACUUGGUUGACACUGACGAAGAGUAG